AUGGACAAUGCUGACCUGCUUCGGUUCUGCGACUGGUUGGAUGAGCAAAUGCCCCUGGUCGUCAACCACUUUCCCUAUGUCAAGAAGAGCGGAGCCUAUGUGGACCUCUCUGAUAACGAGAUUGGCACGGACGGCCUCGACAAACUCUUCCAGGUGCUGCGAGGGCAUCGAGUACCAUGCGUCGUUCUGAAAGCCUACAGAAACUCAAUUGAUGACUCAUUUGUGGACACGCUGGUGGAGUAUCUCUACACCCAGCCUGAGGCUUUCCCGAUGCAUGGUAUCCACAUCUCGCACAAUGACAUCUCCGACAAAGGGGCCUUUCGGUUGAUCCGAGCUGCAGCUCAGUGUGGGCACUAUCCUCGUCUGACGACGCGAUUGCCACUGUGGCUGCGGCUGGAGGUCAACGCCCUCACGAACCCGCAGAAGGUCAUCAAGGACGCAAAUAAUGAGGGCUUCACCGUUUGCCUCAUGCAGGAUGGACUCUGCAGCCGCGAGAAGUGUGACCACUACUCCGGAGUUCAUGUGCAGCUGCCAUACUUUCUGAACCAACCUGCCAAGGGCUUCGCCAACCUGGAGCAGUUCGGCGCAAGUCAGCGGCGACAGACUUGGGCGGCACCCUACAGCUCCAGCCAGGGCACCCUGGCCCCGAAGGCCGCAUCUCCAGCCGCAGCCGCUGCUCCAGAGAUUCCCGGUGAAACCGAGGCACG